AUGGCUACCGGCAACCCAACCUUCCAAGUAUUGGGUCGCGACAGACAUGACCGCCUACUCAACGGGCAAUUUCAGCUGUUCUGUGGCUUGGUGGGGACAUUACUAUCUACCGAGUUUGAAAAUGCAAGCCAGCUCAAGUUCCUCAAUCUGGUGCUCGAUAUUUGGACCAGUUGUGGGAAAGAGAGUAUCGUUGGUGCAUCAGUCGCUUUUAUCGACAGUUCAUGGAGAUUUCGGUUUAUUGCAGCGCUCGCCUGUGUUAAGAAUGACGGUCAUAACGCUGCUAGCGUCGCGAAAGUUAUCGCAAAACGCGCUCAAAACAAGGGGAACUGUUCGAUGCAUCUUCUCAAUCUCUGUAUUGGCUAUGGUAUUGGUCUCAAGGAUAAUAUUCAGACAGUCACUGGUGGUAAUGUGAUCAAGAAACUCCGUAACCUGAACAAUCACUUCAGGUCGCCUAAACAGCGCGAAGCUUUGAAGAAUAUCCAAGCAGCCCUCUCAUAUCCUGAACUAGAACCUCUGACGGACGUGGACGUCCGAGUUGCCAACACGUGCAAACUGAUUCGGAGAUCCUUAGUCGACUGCUCAGCAUUUGAGGCGUACUUCAAGUUCACCAAAGACUCGAGCAGCGUGCGGUCAGCUUUGAGCAGUCAAGACUGGAUGCUCGCAGUGGAAAUGGAGGCGGUAACCCACUGUAUCGCCAACAUUGCACUAGUAGAAGCGCAGAGUGAAAACCUCGUUUUGUCGUACAUGGUAGUAUUCCGACGACUCACCGAGAACAAGCUCAAGUCCUUCAAAUUCGACGCAAUGGCGAUAGAGGCUCCGAGAGCUAAAGAUGCGAACGAAUCCAGUCACCGUCGCGUUGUGCGAACACUUGACCAGUUCUCGGAAGCUGGUAAGACGUGCCUCAGAAGAACGCUGCUCCAGUUGCAGGCGCGAUUACCCAAGGUGACAAGGGAGAACAUCGGACGGUUUUCGCUGGAAUGGUGA